GAUGUACAAAUACAAUACAAACUGACAACCAACGGCAACGAGGAGCGAGGACAGCAGACAGUGGGCAGCAACAAGUAGGGCGGUGGUAAAAGCGUUUAUAGACACUGCACGUAUCAAUUACUGGAUUAAUAGUUGAGGAACCGUAUAAAAUAAAGGGGGUGAAGAAGAAAAAACAAAAAUUAAACAGAUAAGAACCUGAGCGAUACUCGGUGACAAUACAGUAUAAGCAGCUGGUCAAGAUUAACUGCACAUUCUUAUUUCUCAUUCUGGAAUAACUAGAUAUGGACGAUGACGAUCAAUAUCAAACCGGCUAUGAUGUCGGAUCCUUUCCGAAGGACUUUGGCUAUACACCGUUUGACGGCGAAGGUGACGGACCCGUCGGUCCGCUGGCCGGUGAUCAGAAGCCCAGAAUAUUGCUCAUGGGACUGAGAAGGAGCGGUAAAUCGUCGAUACAGAAGGUCGUGUUUCACAAAAUGUCACCAAACGAGACACUGUUUUUAGAAAGUACAAACAAGAUAAUCAAAGAUGAUAUUAGCAACUCCAGUUUUGUCCAGUUUCAAAUAUGGGAUUUCCCAGGGCAAAUAGAUUUCUUCGAUCCAACUUUCGACAGUGACAUGAUAUUCGGAGGAUGCGGAGCGUUGGUAUUUGUCAUAGACGCUCAAGAUGAUUACAUGGAGGCGUUGAACAAAUUGCACCUGACCGUAACAAAGGCUUACAAAGUUAAUCAGGCCAUAAAAUUCGAAGUCUUUAUACACAAGGUAGACGGCCUUUCGGAUGAUCACAAAAUGGAAACGCAACGAGACAUUCAUACGCGAGCUAAUGAUGACCUCGCAGAUUCUGGAUUCGAUCAAAUUCACCUGAGCUUUCAUCUCACAUCGAUAUAUGAUCACAGCAUAUUCGAAGCGUUCAGCAAAGUAGUUCAGAAACUGAUACCGCAAUUACCAACGCUCGAGAAUCUCCUUAAUAUUCUUAUAUCGAACUCUGCAAUCGAAAAGGCUUUUCUAUUCGACGUUGUUUCCAAGAUAUACAUAGCGACAGACAGUUCGCCAGUCGAUAUGCAAAGUUACGAGCUUUGCUGCGACAUGAUAGACGUUGUGAUCGACGUAUCGUGCAUCUACGGCUUAAGAGAAGAUCACGAAGCUGCCGCCUUUGAUAAUCAGAGCUCAAGUUUAAUCAAACUCAAUAACGGUACGAUUUUGUACCUGCGAGAAGUAAACAAAUUCUUGGCGCUUGUCUGCAUUUUGCGUGAAAACAAUUUUGACAGACAGGGUGUGAUCGACUACAACUUUUUAUGCUUCCGAAAAGCUAUACAACAAGUUUUCGAACUUCGCAACAAAGCGCUGGCAGCAGCAAGCAUGAACAAUCAUUCCACGUCCCCGAUAAGCGCCAACGAAUCUGCCACCAACGUUCCUCUACCACAAACAAACACGAUCGGACAAAACGGCACCGUUGCCUUGACCCAGAGCUAACCGAUUCCUCGGUAAGCAAAAUUCAAGCAAUAUAAAAUCGAUUUUGGGUAAAAGAAAAAGCGGCAGAGACAUGUUUUGUGUUACCUCGAUAAAGAAAAAGACCUCAGUCAUUUUCCUUACAAAUAUAUACACGCUUAUAUGUAUAUAUGUGCUGUGUAAUAUAAGGUGUAGAUGAUAUUCUUAAAUUCACCAAAUAAGUAAUAAAAUUUGAAAAAAACUAUAUCGUUUCAUCACGUAAGUAGGCUAAAAAAAAUAUUCUUUUAUUUAUUUGUCGACGGGGAUAAAUGAACGAUACUCGUGAUAAACAUUAGCGACUUCUUGACACGGGAACACAAACUUAAUAUUCAAUUCUCAUCUAUUUCUGUAAUGAAGAGAGAAAAAGAGAGAGACAGAGAGCGAUUUGUUAGCAACGCAUAUUUAUAGCGUGUAAUGGAAUCAACAUAAAGGAACAAAAAUCACGGUUUGAAAUUGCAAGACGACAACUGUUUUUCGUUGCCUUCUGAUAGAUUGGUUUUAGUACCGGCGCGUGGUCUUUUUUAAUAAACAAAACAUACACAAAGCAGCAAAAAAUGGAGAAAAGAGAA